UUUCCGCUUAUUUGAGGAAUUGAAACGCUCAAUACGACAAACUGACAAAAAGAAAAUUAGUUUGUUGGCUUCAGAAAACAUUGGUGUAGCAAAUUAUUUAAUACCUUAUAUAUUUCUUCCAUUGCGGGUUGUUACAAAACUCUCCGCAGGUAGACUGUAAGAAAAUCCAUCGUUCGCAAGAAUGGCAACGUCAACAAGAUCGACAAAUCAGAAAUCGCGGUUAGACACUGAGCGGAGUCAUUUCUUGGCGGGCCUUGGCUUGGCUGCGAAGAAAGACAUAAAUAAUGAGAAAAAUACAGCUCGUGACAACGAUCAAAACACUAGCAAAGCUGCUAAAAUAGUACUUAAAAAGAAUUUACCUGACACAGAAAAGAAGAUCACAAAGAAAGCUAACAAUCCUACCAAGAAAGUUUUGAGAAGGAAAAAAAGAGGUCCAACUCCAAAGAAAGAUGCCUCUUUAAAACGAUCAGUUGCUGACUACAACGUGGAUCUUCAAGAAGCAGAUGAUGACGAAGAAGAAACAACUGGAAGAAGUAGGCCUAAACGUCCAGCAAGAAACAUCAAAAGACCAUCAAAAUAUGCAGAAGAUAGUGAUCCAAAAGAUGUAGUAGAAGAUAGUGAUCCAAAAUCUUCAUAUCGUAAGGAAAUAGUUAAUGAAGAACAUGCAAGUUCUGAUACAGAAGAUGUCACCAAAGAAAAUGGGGCUGAGGAAAAUACAGAAACCAGUCAGAAGAGUGAAGAUUCAGCUGCUGAUCCUAUGCCUGCCAGAAAAGGUCGCAAAAAGAAGGAAACAAAACAGAUUUUGAAGACCGAUAAAAAUGAGAAAAGUUCUAAACUAAAUGUCACAUUAACUCCGAAAGAAAAGGCAAAAGAAAAGAAAGAAGAAUGCGUAUGUAGAGUAUGUCACAAGCACUUUAAGAAUAACUAUCUGUUGGGUAAUCAUAUUCGAACGCAUACAGGAGAAAGGCCAUUUCAGUGCUCACAAUGUGGCCAGUCGUUCACCAUGAAAUCAAUCCUAGCUUCUCAUGUCAUAAUCCACUCCGCAGAACGACCUUUCCCGUGUACCCAAUGCAAUUGGACAUUUAAAAGUGAAAAGCGGUUGAGAGACCACAUGCGCGUGCAUACCCCAGUGAAACCACACGCUUGUGAACAGUGUGGACAGAGAUUCAAAAUAAAAAGGAACUUAAUCUGCCACCAGAUGAUGCACCAGGGUGUAAAACCCUAUAAAUGCGAUCAGUGCGAUUACGCCUCGACGAGAAAGAGUUGUGUGAUUAAUCAUAAAUGGACACAUCUGCCUGUUAAACGUUUCAGUUGCAAAGAGGCUGGUUGCGAUAAAACAUUUUCACAGAAGGGUAAAUUUAUUGUUCAUAUGAAUCAGCACCGAAAUAUUAAACCUUAUGCAUGCACCACCUGUGACAAAGAGUUUUUUCGACAAGAUAAUCUGAAGAUCCAUAUGCGUCAGCAUACAGCUGUAAAAUCCUAUAGCUGCGAACCUUGUCGAAAAAUCUUCAGUUCCCUCCCACAUUUUAAAGCCCACGUAAAGACCGUGCAUAUUGACGGGCGGAUAUCAUUGACUCGUGAAACUAAUACCUGGGACGAAGUUCCGAUGAAACCUAAUAUGGUUUCUGUCCAAGUCAUGACAAACUUUUCCUAAAUCGCAGGAGUCGUGGUGUGAAAAAAAAUAAAACAAUUUGAUCAAUAUUAACUUUUUUGUCAAGAUUAUUAAUGAAGGGAGUCAAUGUUCUAUUUCCAUAUUUUUCUUUAUUAUUAAAAUGGAUGAAGGUUUAGUCCAGUGAUUGUUCAUGACGAGUCGAGGAGUAAAUUGUGUAGGUUAUAUCUGAAUUGUGGACUACAGGUACAGUGUACAAUGUCAGUAAUAUGAACUGCUGUCAAAAGAAAUGUAGAAGGAAUUACUGUUCUUAGUUCUAGAGCUGCCUACUUGUGAAGAGUGGAUUUCCUUCCUCUGUACAGUUCAUAAUCUUGAAUGAGGAAGUUAUAAAUUACAUGUAUAUAACCCAUACUAUAUUACAUACAUGUAGUAUAAAUAGGGUCCCAUAUAAAUACAUGUAUAAAGGAACUUUUACAGUCUUUAUUUAAAUCUAUGAGUUUACUCUGUGGGUGUUAGACAUUGCGACGAGACGUCAUGGUUUCAGUUGCUUCAAAGAACUGUUUACUCCCUUCAUAAUGGAUAUGUUUACACUUUGUAUUAAAUCACGUUAUUUUCCUAUAUAAAAUUAGAAAUUGGUACUUUUAAUUGAACUAAUAUACAUGUACAUAUAGUAGAUAAUUGUAACAUUAGUUGAUAUUAAAAUACUUU